AUGACUCGCAUUUUCAACCCCUGGCCAUCAAGUCUGCUCCUCUCUCUCAUUAUCUCAGUACACGCCAUCAACAACCGUCAUAGUCACGGCUCUGGACUCGCAACACCAAAAAUCGACACUCACUCUCAUAUCUAUCCCGACUUCUACCGCCAGGCAGUGAUAGCUGCAGGAUGGACUCCAGGUCCAGACGGCAACCCUGCGCCGCCCAAUUGGACCCUCGAGGCACAUCUCAGCUUCAUGGAUCACAAUAACAUCGAAAAGAGCUACGUCAGCUGCUCCAGUCCAGGCACUUUUCUCGACCCGGAGGACCUGGCUGCUGGAAUCUUGUUGACUCAACAGUUCAACAACUUCACCGCCGAUCUGAAAAGGCAACACCCAAAUCGUAUCGGAUUCUUUGCCUCCCUCCCCCUGCCAUCAGUUCCUGACGCACUCAAUGAGAUCGACAGAGCAUUAGCCCUUGACGCCGACGGUUUUGUGUUCCUGUCCAACUACUAUGGCCUUUACCACGGCGAUCCCAGGUUGGAACCAGUUUAUGAAAGGCUGAAUCAACGAGGAGCCGUCCUUUUCAUCCAUCCAACCACCCCAUGCCCGCGAAAUGCGCCCGAUGUUUCUGGGACGUCGAGACUCGACUAUGUUGCUCCACUGAUGAAUGUCUUCUCGGCUCCAACACUAGAGUUCAUCUUCGAUACCACCAGAACCGUGGCCGAUCUCAUCCUCUCCGGCACCGCUGCUGCACACGCAAAUCUGAAAUGGAUCGUACCUCAUUGUGGCGGUGCUCUGCCGUCCGUGCUCGACAGAUUCCUUCGAAUAUCCAGUAUUCUUGGCGCAAAGCCUGGCUCAGAUCGACCAGCCGUUCCCUACAACAUCACAACCGCAGUUGCGCUAAUGAACAGGCAAUUCUGGUUUGAUCUUGCCGGGUUCUCAAUGCAGGAUCAAAUCUGGAACAUGAAGAGGCUCUUCGGAAGCGACAAGUUCACAUACGGCAGUGAUGUGCCUUUCACAGCUUACUCAGCUGCAGUUGCUUUGACGGGGGAUAUGAAUGCAACUCUGCCGCAGCUGUUCAGUAAGCAUGAAAUCGAGAUGAUAUUCCGGGGAAAUGCUUUGAAGUUACUGUCGAAGUAG